AUGACGGAAUUUAAUGUCAACCGUGUCAGCGCCGCCCACUCGCAUGUGGAUAGCUUCAACGCUUUCAUCGACCAUUAUUCGAAACACGUGGUGAAGAGGAUACCGCCGGUCUACGUUUCUGCUGAUGCGGACUAUUUGAAGUACCUUUUCAACACUUCCGAGAAGCCACACUUUAAGUUUUCAAUAGAUGUGCAAAUAUCUGUGCUUUCCUUGCGGAUCGACUAUCCCACCCGGCCGAGCUCGGAGUGUCUGGGAUCGGACACCAGGAUGUUCCCCAGACAUGCCAAGAGCGCACAUACGACGUACGAGGCGCCACUAGUCGUGAAAUUUGGGCUAAAGGUGCCUGGAAUAGAUGGCGUUUUGACAAAGGAAAUUGUCGUCGGGUUCCUCCCGAUCAUGGUCAAGUCCAAACGCUGCAAUCUCGACGGGCUCUCGCCCGAAGGAAUGGUGCAACAAGGGGAGGAUGUGGAUGAGACUGGCGGGUACUUUGUCAUCCGUGGCAACGAGAGGAUCCUUCGUCAACUUAUCGUACUGCGUUCAAACUACCCGCUCGCCAUAAAAUCGGAAAACAACCGCAACAAGCAUGCACUGUUCACGGACUACAGUAUUAUGAUGCGAAGCCAAUGUUGCGACGACGGGUGCUCCGUGAGUAACAUUCUCUAUCUGACGGUGAACAAACGUUGCGUGUUCCGAACUAUCGUAAAGAGUUCCGUGGUUCUCAUUCCUUUCGGCUUGCUUUUGCGGGCAACGAUGCCGUUUAUGAGUGAUGAAGAGCUCAAGCGUAGGCUGCUGGAGGAUGCGUUGGGAGACGUUGAGCUGACUGUCUAUUACCACCGUUUCUUUCUCGACAUGACAGAGAGGGACCUCUUGUUGAGUGACAUUGACUUCAAGGAGAACCGGUACCUUUAUAGGCUCGGCAGUGCGUGUUGGACCCAAAUACAGCAGUACAUGCCCCCAGGAGCGACAUACGAAGAAUGUGGAGCAUAUUUGUUGCGCAACUAUGUGUUGCUGCAGGCAAAGACCAAUUCGGAGAAGUUCGAUACUCUGAUGUACAUGUUCAAAAAGCUUAUCAAGGUAUCUAGAGGCGAGACGCAAACUGAAAACUACGAUUCGUUUGCGUUCCAGGAGUUGCUCUUGCCGGGUCAAAUUUACUCGUGCAUUCUGAAAGAGAGUUUGUACGUGGCACUACUGAAAAUCAGGAGUAUUUAUCAAGCAGAACUUAUUGAAUUGUGCAAAAAUAUCAGUGGCGGUGCUGCCAGGAGAUCCAAAAGACAGGUGGUUGAGAUGGAGCUGGGUUCACAUGACCCCAAGCAGCUCAUGCGGCAGUUGCUGGAAAGAGCAGAGUUGUUCAGUUAUGCCGUAGACAAAGUCGCGCCCGACAUUACGAAAAAGCUGCAUUAUUUUCUGGCCACGGGAAACGCAACUACCACGCACUUUGAACUCCCGCAAAGCUCGGGGCUCACUGUUGUUGCUGAACGCAUCAACUACCAUAGAUCGGUUCACCGUGGAAGCAUCUUCGCCAAGAUGAGGUCCACUGAGGUGCGCAAAUUGUUGGGUGAGACGUGGGGGUUCAUUUGUCCGGUUCACACGCCAGAUGGUGCACCGUGUGGUCUGCUGUUACACCUGACGCAAUAUGCGAUUCCCGUAACGGAUGCCGAUUGCGGAAGUGCCACCGAUGCGGUGAAAUCUUUUUUAAGACACCAAGGAUACCAUGUUGAUUUCACCGGCAACGAGGCUGUGUCGCAGUUUUGGCAAUCAGGUACAAAUGACAGCGGGAGAAUCCCUGUGCUUGUUGACGGUAUUCCAGUCUGUAAUGUGCCUAUGGCGGAUGCUCACAGGCUCUAUUGUGAGAUUAAAAGGGCCAAAAGGAAUGAAAUUUUUGGCCUCAAACAACAUUACGAACUGGUUGCGCUGCCUGACUGCAAGGGCCAGUACACUAGCCUUAUGGUUUUGACAUACCCUGGUCGAGUGAUAAGGCCCGUGAGGUGCGUAAAGACUGGCAUCAUAGAAUGGAUAGGGCCAAUUGCGCAACUGUGGUCAACGAUUGCGGUUAAUGAAGAGGAGUUAAAACUCUCACACAAGAUAUUGGACGAAUCCAAAAGCCGCAAGUCUUCAAAAGCCCUGUCUACGUCAGAAGCGAUCGAAAAGUACAAAGCAGGUAGUAUUUCUGAGCCAAAAGAAGGGUCCACGUUGGACAACGUGCCGGUAAAAUACGAAUACGUGGAAGUAUCGCCUACUGCCAUCCUUUCUGUAACGGCUGCCUUAACUCCCUUCAGCAAUCACAACCAGAGCCCAAGAAACAUGUAUCAGUGUCAGAUGUUAAAGCAGAGUAUGGGAGUGCCAUACCACUGCGAACAGUUCCGUUCCGAUGUAAAGGCGUACAGGCUGCUGUUUCCCCAGAAGCCUCUUGUUACCACUGAGGAAUAUCGGAGGAUGAAGUACGAAGAUUAUCCGACUGGCAUGAACGCAAUUGUCGCAGUUAUCGCACACACUGGAUUCGACAUGGAAGACGCCAUGAUAAUAAACAAGUCUUCGUUGGAACGCGGUGCCUUCCACGGGUGCAUAUAUAAGACAAAAGUCAUAGACUCUAUGCCCCCGAAUGCUAAAAUGAGAGAAGGACAGUAUUAUUUCAACAACACAAAUCACUUAGGCUCUAAGAUUAUCCCUUCGUUGGACAAAGACGGUUUGCCAAGUGUGGGUUCGAGGGUGAGGAACGGCACUAUAAUUUGCCGUGUGGAAGCGCGUGAAAGAAUUGAUGGCGGGCAUCACACCACGGACCGAGUCGAAAAGUACCAUGACGAAGACGCCGUGGUAGAUCAAGUAACAAUGAUAGGUGCCAGCGACGCCAAUGCGGCCGACAGAGCAGGUGCAUCAGGUCUCAAGUGCAAUCGUGCCACCAUAAAAUUUCGCAUAGUCCGCAACCCUAUAGUUGGGGAUAAGUUUGCGAGUCGUCAUGGCCAAAAGGGUAUCCUCUCGAUGGCGUGGCCUGCGGAGGACAUGCCAUUCCUCGAAUCAGGCAUCACGCCCGAUAUCAUCUUCAAUCCCCACGGUUUGCCGUCACGCAUGACCAUCGGCAAGUUGAUUGAGUGUAUGGCAGGAAAGUCAGCCGCAUUGCACGGUGAAUUCCAGGAUGCCACCUGCUUUAGGACGUACCCGAAGCAGAUGAAAACGGGCAACAAAUGGAUCGAUCACGGUGGGCUGAAAGGAUGGGAGGAACGCGGCGGCAGAUACAUGACGGAAGAGGAGGAAGCUGCUCAAACUGAAGAUGAUGUGGUCGACUAUUUCGGCAAGACACUCCUGCAGGCGGGUUACGAUUACUACGGCACCGAAAGCAUGUACUGUGGUACCCUCGGCACUGAAAUCAAGACGCACAUUUUCGUCGGCUGCAUUUUUUAUCAACGUCUGCGUCACAUGGUUUCGGACAAAGCCCAAGUGCGUUCCACCGGACCGGUAGACGCAAUCACCAAGCAACCGGUCAAGGGUCGGAAGAAUCGUGGAGGCAUUCGUUUCGGUGAAAUGGAACGUGAUUCUUUAAUAGCACAUGGUGCGUCUGCGUUGUUGCAGGAUCGUCUGAUGCACUGCUCGGACGCCCACACGGCGUACGUGUGUCCCAAGUGCGGUUCCAUCUUGUCUGCCUCAAUCACGUCCAUCGGACUGACAAGCAAGGUUCAGGUGUCCAAGUGCAGAUUGUGUGACGUCAAGUGCAAACUCGUGACCAUACCGUAUGUGCUUCGCUAUGUCGCAAAUGAGCUUGCCUCAAUAAACGUUGGAAUAAAACUCCACUUGUCACAACUCGGAGUUCCUAUACGACUGUGA